ACAGCCUUUUUUUUAAAAAAAAAGCAACACAUUUUCUUCUUCACUAAAAAUUCUUUCUUACAUUAAAAAAAUUAAAUCAUGCCUUGCUUUAAUCUUUCAACAAACGUUAAUCUUGAUGGAGUUGACACUUCUGAUUUCUUCUCUGAAGCUACCAAAGCUGUUUCUUCUAUCAUCGGAAAACCCGAAAACUUCGUGAUGGUUGUACUGAAAGGAUCAGUAGACAUAUCAUUUGGAGGUAACAAAGAGCCAGCUGCAUUUGCUGAGAUUGUAUCCAUGGGUGGAAUUAACUCAGAUGUCAAGAGAAAACUCAUAGCAACAUUGGGAGGCAUAUGCCAAAACAGGUUCUCUAUUCCCAGAACUCGAUUCUUUCUCAAGGUUUACGAUACCACAAUGGCCACCAAAUUCUCCAAACUCUAACUACGCGUUUGGCCAUAGGAUUUGAAACCCCUGCCUAAUUUCAACUCAACGUUUCGUUGAGCAUAAUAUUGUAAAAGAAACUAAAAGUUUCUAUUAGAGUGAAAUCAUAUGCAAAAUUGUACUGUCAUGUUCAAUAAGUACUGUUUUUAUGCUUCGAAAA